UGUUAACACUUAGAGUACCCAAAAAUUAAGUCUUGAUUCUCUUUGGGAUUCGAUAAAUCAUAGUAAAUAUGUAUAGGGCUUGGAUCAAGGCACAACUAGGAAAUAAGAAUUCUCUAUCAUGUGUCACGCAGCAUAAUUGAAUUGAUAGAAUUAUUAGUAUACAACCGUUCACAAUACCAUUAGAUAAACAUUUUCUUUCAAUAAGAAUGGGUUGUUUUGUUUUAGUCUCCAUAAGUUUGAACAAGAAGUUAUGUCUAUUUUUGUUUAUCGGACUAUAUUCUUGAAACCUACCAGAAUACAUUUUCAGAUAUUUCCUCUAUUCUUUUUCCUGCCACUUACCGCAGUUAUUUGCCUCAAUGUUUUACAGGAAAUGUUUGUUUCGUAUUAAUUAUGGCAAAAAUAACCAACCGUAAAUCACCAAAAAAUAUCCAUUCUUCAUUGGAGUGGGAUUUCCAGAACAGUGAUCCUAGUUGUAUUAACGAUCCCUACUGGUCUUGGUCAGAUGACCAUAGAUAUCAGAUAGCCAAUAUUGCUCAAGACAAUCAGGUUAAAGUUGUGGUGUCUGUGGAACAAACACUAUACGAUGUUGCUGAAUUGUUGGAAAGACAGUUAGGCAUUAGUCUUUCUGGAUGCCAAUUUUAUCUUCAAGAUCGUAUCAAGCUUCGUGGAGAGUCUCCACUAGUUGAACAUUGUGUAGAAAUAUCUGGAUUAGUUCAACUAUUGCUUGAGGUUAAAACAGCGAAUGCUGGCUAUCCUUUCCGAAUCAACGUGGUCGACAUUCAAAUACCGGAAUUAGUUGAUCCUAAUGCUUCAAACCCUAAUAUGUCGAUUGAUAAAAGCAAGCGCCCAAGUAUCUCGAAGGGAUCAGGACAACAACCAUCUAAUACAAACACAACGAAAAAUGAGGAAGUCAGGAGUGAAAAUGAUCAGUUAUCAAAUGCUCAACAACCGUCAAGUCCGAAAUCAGAAUGCAUAUCUCCACGUACAGUCGCUGCGGCUUUAGCUGCAGCCUCUGAUAUUGCUGCAGGCGGGUCGGGACUAUUGGAAUCAGCGUCAGCACUAAGUGAAAAUGAUAGGAAAUCAGAAGAAGGUGUUGUCCCAGAAUCAUACAACAUGACCGAAUCAAUUUCAUCACGUUGUGGUUAUUUUGGAUCUGAGAUUGAAGGUGGAGGGACAACUGGAGCUUAUAAUUUAGACAACUUAUCAAAGUGGGUUCCGGAUAAUCAUUAUAGUCGAUUAAUGGAUAUGAAUGAUAUUCCACGCGAUCCUAUCGAGUGGAAUUCAACACAGGUUAUCAUGUGGAUAAACUGGGCGUGUAAACAAUUUCGAAUUGAAGGUCUGAAGAGUGAAAAGUUGUUCAAUAUGCCAGGUUCUAGUAUGUUUAUUUUAACAGCAGAUGAUUGGCGACGUCUGGUCCCCAAUGCUAAUGUGAAUUUUCUAACCCACUUGGAAUUACUGAAACGAUGUCGAAAUGUUUGUGUCCCUUAUAAUCCACAACCGCCACAACAAACCACGAACCAAUCACAAAAGCCGUAUAGACAGGUGUCACGGGCUCGCAUACGCAGCUCAAGAAACUUAACUGAAUCCAAUCAGAGUAGGAAUUUCAAUGGAACAGGCAUGGCCUAUUCUGGCGCCAUAACUGCUUACGAUAGAAAUAAUACGAAUUUACGCAUAGUGAAUUCGAAGCCAACCUUUUUAUCGUAUAAUGAUUCAAAUACGCCAGGAAGAAGAACAGUGACGUCGAGAUCAUUUCUGAGUAGUGAAAAUUGUAUAAGCCAAAAUCCAACCAAUUAUGAGACAAUGAAUAAUCGUUUGUUUGGAAUACGUUCGUUAUCAAAUGGUGUGAGUAGUGUGGCUGCUGGUGGGGGUCAACUGAUACGCGGUCCAUUUAUAUUAACUCAAAAUAAUGGUGGUAAUUCUACCUCACAAAAAAUCGUGAAAUAUCAAUCGUUUUCUGAAUUCGAUGCCACCACUGCAGGACAAGUUCAGCUGUGGCAAUUCUUGCUAGAAUUACUUACAGACUGGAGAUAUCGUGAAGCUAUUCACUGGAUCAGUGAUGAUGGUGAAUUCAAAUUAAGUAAUCCAGAAGAAGUAGCUUCUAUGUGGGGUCAUCGUAAGAAUAAACCUGCUAUGAAUUAUGAGAAAUUAUCUCGUGCAUUACGUUACUAUUAUGAUGGUGAUAUGAUUUCCAAGGUUCAUGGAAAACGUUUUGUUUACAAAUUCAUCUGUGAUUUAAAAACUCUUUUGGGUUUCUCAGCUGGUGAGCUGUAUGUAUUAGUGAGAAAUUGUGCCGAGAAACAUUCGAAUGGUAGCAAAAAGCAUCGUCUAACUUCAACAGAAUUCUAUUCAGGAAUUAAUCAUAACCGACUCUCCCUUUAUCGUGGUGAAGAUGACGGUUCGGUGCCAGUACGCGUAGAACAGGGCCAUCGUCUUAACUUUUUAGAACCAUCAAUGCAAGAGGAUAAUUUAAAUUCGGAAUGCUGGCCAGAUGCUGCGACAUCUUCAGAUCCCCUUUCUUACAAUGUCCCAUUUUCACCUAAUUAUCGUAUAAGACAAUCAAAUAAGGCUGGUAAUGGAAGGCAUAAUCGAUCCUCAGAAACGAUAAUGUCCAGUUAUCCGUCAAUUCGUGAGAAGUGCAUACAACGAAAACGAAGUGCUGCGGAUGUACAGCUACAGGUGGAUACUGCCACAGAUGUUGACCAAAUUGUCAUUGAUGAGGGUUAUAUUUACCAAAAUGCUUGUGAUAAUAUAGAAGAUCCAGAAAAUGAUGAUUCACAAGCCUGUAGAAGUGCUUGGCGUUUACGGCGUCGUUGGUGGUCUCGUAAUCCUUUGUCGGGUAUUUCACCACUUACUUCUCCUCCUCCUUAUUCAUCUCCUCCAUUCAAUGAACGUUUAUCGUCAAGCAUUAUACAACAACAGGAUGACAGUAAUGAUCCAAAUACCCAAUUUAAUCAUUCUAAUUUUCCAAUUGAUGAAGAUUGGGUAGCAGCUACCGCCUUAACAGAAGAUAUGGUGAAUGGAUCACCGCUUAACUCCUCCUGUUCUACCACCUCCUCCUCUUGCCAUUUAAUCAACAGUCCAUUUCGACCGAGUAGAACAUGUUCUUCUGUGCCACAGUCUUCCAAUUCCACUUCUGCUAAUGUUACUGUUAGUGGUUUUGAUGAAGGUGAAAUACUUUCAGCAGCUGCAUCUUUAUUAUUCAGUCAGACAGGUCAAUCGGAAACAGAUUCAUGUUUAUUAGGGGAUCAUGUAACUGCAAGUAAGCCAAAAAAUCGAAAAAUGUCUUCAUAUCCCAUUGGUGAUUAUCAUUGUGAUGUUAAAUUGAAGGUGAAGAAGGGAGAAGAUGACGAAGGAGGAGGAGGAGAAGAAGAAGAAGAAGCAGAACAAAUAAAGGCGGUGAAUGAUUUGUUUGUUGAUGAUGAUGUGGCAGUGGAAUUUGAUCGUCCACUGAGCGGUAGUAGUAAAUCAGUGUCGUCGAAUCGUCGAUCAUCUAUCCGUUCAUAUGAUGGUGGUAGUGGUCCUGUUUUAUUGUCCACCUACAAUCAAGCCAUUAAUAUUGAUGCGUUUUUAGCUCAUUGAAUACAUCGAUCGACAAAUAAUCAGUGUACUGAGUUGUCGAUUGUGACUCCUUCUGUCCACCUCCCAAAGUCAUCCCAUCAGAUCCCACUUCAACCCUGAUCCCUGCCGCCCCCUGAUAAUAACAAAACACUAUCUGAUAUUGUGAAUCUGAUUUAUAUGCAUAUAAAAUUGAUUGUAAAUUUAUUUAUCGAUAGAUGUUUUCGGAUUUUGUAUUAUAUAAACUAAAACAGAAUCAACUAACUAUUCAUUCAUCCACUUACUUAUUCAUUAUUAUUAUUAUUAUUUUCAUCUCUUUUUUGCAUUAUCAUUAUUAUUUUUUUCUAAUUAUUUUUUUCAGAGUUAUAUUUUCCUUUGUCGUUAAAAAAAACAAACAAUUUGCUCAGGUUUUUCAAAAAAAAUUAUCUUUCGUGUAAUGAGGUGUUUAUUGUGUGUGUGUGUGUGUGUGUGUAGAGGCAUGUUGUUUCUAUGGCUAUAUGUAUAUAUGUAUUCCAUAUGUGUGUGUACAGUACAGUGUCUUCUACUUUUCCUCCCCCGCCCUCUCUCUCUCGCACACUGAAAUACCGGUAUGAUCUCGCCCUAGCUUCUUGUACAAUAGUUCCAAUAUCAUUGAAUUCUGAAAGUAGUAAUAGUAGUGAUGGGUUGUUUUUACACCCUAACACCAUCAUAUACCUAUACUACUUCGUCAUACAUCAGUUGAGAAAUCCUUCAAGCCUGCCUGCCUGCCUGCGGUCUGUUUGUCUCUUCCAUUCUGAUGUAUGUUCAACGCCACGUGACCUGACCUCGUAUUAUGGCGUUGUUUACACAUCAACACAUUCCAUUCCGUGGUAAUUAUUAUUCACAACAAGUGGAUUGUGUGUUCACACAGAUGUUUUAGCAUUGUUCUGUAUAUAUAUGUAGAAGAAAGGAGGAUGUGGUGGAUGAGGAGGAUGCGGAGCCUUGUAAAUUCGUUUUAUAAUUCCUGAAUCUCAAAUGUUUGUUUGUUUUUUACAUAAAGUGAAAUCUAUUACUUAAUUGUAUCAAAAGUAUUAACAAUAAUGAUAAAAAUUAUGUUUUAGUUGUUAUUGUCAACUUUUCAUAACAUUUGCAUUUCAUACUUUUACUAUCAUAGAACUUUUUUUUAUUAUAUUUGUAAGAGUUCAGCCGUUUUGUAAGACACUAAUUGUCGCCUACCUUGACCUUUCUACUCACACACACAUACAGACAUGCACACUCUACUCUAUCAUACACCUCGACUUUUGUGUGAGUUAUCUGUCUGUCUGCUGUUACACCUGUAAUAAUAAAAAAUAAUGAAUUAACAGCUUGAAGUUCUUUCGGGAAGACUAUUUUGUACAUUUUUUUUACCGUUCUUCAUAUUAUUACUAUUGUUAUUAUGACAAAGAUUCACUUCUUGUUUUGUUUUUUAUAUAUUUAUAUCAGCGUGCUUUAUUUUGGCGUUAAUCAUUCAUUGUUUAAUUCACAUUUCUCAAAAUCCGUUUGUUUGUUGGCGUUUUUUUUGUUUUUUUUAGGUGAGCGUAAAGGGUUGGUGGAUGUGAGUAAGCGAGUGAGUGGGUUGGUGGGUGACAUGAUUGAUAACAGUAUAGGAUGUUGUAGAGUAUGUGGUUCUGCCUCGGUUGUUAUUGUAGCUCGCUUCGACUUAUUCGUAGUGUAUCUUUAUCUUGUGCAUUUUGACGAGUAAAUCAAUCGCGUAGAUGUCAGCUGAGGGCUUGAAUUGUUUACGUGUUAUCGAGUAUUUUAAUCCGUCUCUGGCGUAGACGAGAUAUU